CUCGACCCAAACCAAUGCUUCGCGGACUCAUACGACCACCUAUAGAUCUCUAGACCGAUCACCGCGACCUUCUCCACCCGCCCGGGUUUCCUCUGGCCCCGCACUCGCAUCCUCUGAUUCGUUCCGUUCUUUGCUCUGCGCCAGGAAAUUUAAUUGCCCGCAUUCGCACAACGACCCAACCCCUCCCCCUCCUUGCCCUCUUAGUCUCUAUCGCCGUUUGAGUCACCGGUGUUCAAGAUACUUAUCCGUCGACUCGUGGCGCGAUCGGCGCCCUGGAGAUUCCCUCCUCCCUUAUACCACCGUCCGUUUUCCAGAAUGGCUCAGCCCUCCGCCCCCCAGAACCCGACUGGUGAGCCCAAGGCUCCCGUCGCCGAUGUCCCUCCCCAGGCCGACGACCAAUUGAGGAACCAGGAUGCCGCUGCGGCCGCGCCCCCCAAGGUGAAGAGCGAGAAGGAACUGGAGCGUGAGCGUCGCAAGGCCGAGAAGGCGAAGAAGUUCGCCGAGAAGCAGGCCAAGCAGGCUUCGGCUGCGAAGUCCACCGCCCCCAAGGCCGAGAAGAAGGCCAAGGUGGAGAAGGAGAAGACCACCGACGCCUACGACCCCAAGGUUAUCGAGGAAGGCCGGUACGAAUGGUGGGAGGAACGCGGCCUUUUCAUGCCCGAAUUCGGCCCUGAUGGCAAGGUCAAGCCGGAAGGCUCCUUCGUCAUCCCCAUCCCUCCUCCCAACGUCACCGGUGCUCUUCACAUGGGUCACGCCCUCACCAAUGCCCUCCAAGACACCAUGAUCCGCUGGCAGCGCAUGAAGGGCAAGACCACUUUGUGGCUUCCGGGCAUGGACCACGCCGGUAUCUCGACACAGAGCGUGGUUGAGAAGAUGCUCUGGAAGUUGGAGAAGAAAACCCGUCACGACCUGGGUCGUGAGGCUCUGGUCGACAGAGUGUGGGCCUGGAAGCAGGAGUAUCACGCCAACAUCAAGAACGCUCUGCGCAGAGUGGGUGGUUCCUUCGACUGGACGCGCGAGGCUUUCACCAUGGAUGAGAACCUGUCGGCUGCCGUCACGGAAACCUUCGUCCGUCUCCACGAAGAGGGCAUCAUCUACCGCGCCAACCGCCUGGUCAACUGGUGUGUGGCCUUGAACACCUCUCUGUCCAACCUGGAGGUGGAGAACAAGGAGGUUGAGGGCCGUACCCUCCUCGACGUGCCUGGCUACGAGAAGAAGGUCGAGUUCGGUGUGCUGACCCACUUCUGCUACGAAAUCGAUGGCACCACGGAGCGCAUCGAGAUCGCCACUACCCGUCCGGAGACCAUGAUCGGUGACAGUGGUAUUGCCGUCCACCCCGACGACCAGCGUUACAAGCACCUGAUCGGCAAGUUCGCCCGUCACCCCUUCGUCGACCGCCUGAUGCCCAUCGUUGCCGACAAGGAUGUCGAGCCCGAGUUCGGUACCGGUGCCGUCAAGAUCACGCCUGCCCACGACUUCAACGAUUUCAACCGCGGAAAGGCCCACAACCUCGAGUUCAUCUCUGUCCUGAACGACGACGGUACCUUCAACAGCAAGGGUGGACCCUUUGCCGGCAUGAAGCGUUUCGAUGCUCGUUACAAGGUCAUCGAGCUCCUGAAGGAGAAGGGCCUGUAUGUCAAGUGGGAGCACAACCCCAUGAAGAUCCCUCGAUGCGCCAAGUCCAACGAUGUGAUCGAGCCCAUCCUCAAGCCCCAGUGGUGGAUGAAGAUGUCGGACCUCGCCAAGCCUGCUAUCGAGGCCGUUGAGAAGGGUGAAAUCAUCAUCCGCCCUGAGUCCGCCGAGAAGAGCUACUACCGCUGGAUGAACAACAUCAACGACUGGUGCCUGUCCCGCCAGCUUUGGUGGGGCCACCAGGCUCCCGCUUACUUCGUGAAGAUCGAGGGCGAGGAUGGCGAUGACAGCGAUGGCAACCUCUGGGUCACGGGCCGCACGGAGGAGGCAGCCCGGGAGAAGGCGGCGGCCAAGUUCCCCGGUAAGAAGUUCGAGCUGGUCCGCGAUCCCGAUGUGCUUGACACCUGGUUCUCUUCCGGAUUGUGGCCCUUCUCUACCCUGGGCUGGCCCCGUCAGACCCACGAUUUCGAGAACCUGUACCCUACCUCCGUCUUGGAGACGGGCUGGGAUAUUCUGUUCUUCUGGGUCGCCAGAAUGAUCAUGCUGGGCAUCAAGAUGACCGGCAAGAUCCCCUUCAAGGAGGUGUACUGCCAUUCCUUGAUCAGAGAUUCCGAGGGUCGCAAGAUGUCCAAGUCUCUCGGCAACGUCGUCGAUCCUCUGGACGUGAUGGAGGGUAUCGAGCUCCAGACCCUCCACGACAAGCUACUUGUCGGUAACCUUGCCGAUAAGGAAGUUGCCGCGGCUACCAAGUACCAGAAGAAGGCCUUCCCCAAGGGUAUCCCCGAGUGUGGUGCCGAUGCGCUGCGCUUUGCCCUUGUUUCCUACACUACUGGCGGUGGCGACAUUGCCUUCGACAUCCAGGUCAUCCACGGUUACCGCCGUUUCUGCAACAAGAUCUACCAGGCCACCAAGUUCGUUCUGGAGCAGCGCGAGUUCUCCCAGUCUGCGCAGAUCGCGUACCAGUACUGGUACAGCCAGCUUUGCGACGUCUUCAUUGAGAACUCGAAGUUCCUCCUGGCGCCGGAGGUCCCCGCGGAGCAGCAGGAGUCGGCCAAGCAGACCCUGUAUACUGCUCUUGAGGGCGCCCUGACCCUGAUCCACCCCAUGAUGCCGUUCGUCACCGAGCACCUGUGGCAGCGCCUUCCCCGCCGUCCCGACGACGCCACCGUCUCGAUCAUGAAGGCCAAGUACCCCGAAUACCUGGCCCAGUUCGACGACCCGGAGGCGGAGACCGCCUACGAGCUGAUCCUCAACGCCUCCAAGGGGGUCCGGUCGAUCCUCUCGCAGUACGAUAUCAAGACCAAGGGCGACAUUGUCAUCCAGACCUACGAUGCCACCAGCUACAAGACCGUGUCCGAGGAACUCACCAGCAUCAAGUCUCUGGGAGGCAAGACCCUGGGAGAGCUGAGCGUGCUCGGCCCCGAGAACACCACUGCCCCCUCGGGCUGCGUGGUGGCCCCCAUCAGCUCCGAGGCGGCUGUGUACCUCCGUGUGUCCAAGGAGGUGGCCCUCGAGCAGGAAGGCAAGGCCAAGGUCAACCUCGAGCGGGCCCGCGACACUGUGCGUCGCCAGCAGAACCUGAUCACGGGCGCGGGCUGGGAGAAGGCCAAGCCUGAGGUCCGCGAGGCUGAGCAGAAGAAGCUCCGCGAUGCGGAGAGCGAGGCUGCUCGUCUGGAGGAGCAGAUCCGGGAAUUUGAGAAGCUCCGGCUAGAAAAACCCAAGAAUGCGCGCACGGCGCGCAUCCUCAAAGCCAAAGAGCCGCAGCUCAUCGAACCGCCCAAGCGCACGCUGCUCCUGCACGGCUCGAAAUGCCCGCAACCCCUUCACACGGUGCUGAAGACGUUCCACUCGCUGACGCGCCCGCACUCGGUGCUGUUCCACAAGAAGAACGACAACAUUCAUCCGUUCGAGGGUGUCGAGAGCCUGGAGUUCCUGGCCGACAAGAACGAGUGCGGCUUGGUGGUGUUCGGUAGCAGCAACAAGAAGCGGCCCAACUGCGUGACCCUGACGCGCAUCUUCGCCGGCAAGGUCCUCGACAUGUGCGAGCUGCUGCUGCUGCCCCACCCGGGCGGCGAGCAGGACAGCAACCUGCACAUGCACAUCGGCGUCGGCGCCCGGCCGAUGCUGCUCUUCUCCGGCAGCGCCUGGGAGGAUCCCACGUCGACGCCGCACGUCAUGCUGAAGAGCAUGUUCGUGGAUAUGUUCAAGGGCGAGGCCGGCGAUAAGAUCGAUGUCGAGGGGCUGCAGUGUGUGUUGAUGAUCGGGGCUGAGGAGCCCACCGACGGUCUCAAGCCCGUCAUCCACCUGCGCUGGUACAAGCUGCGCACGAAGCGCAGUGGUCACAAGCUCCCCCGUGUCGAGCUGGAUGAGAUUGGUCCCAAGUUCGACUUCAAGAUCGGUCGUCUGCAGGAGGCUCCCGCCGACGCCCUGAAGGAGGCCAUGAAGCAGGGCAAGCGACCCAACGAGGACUUCAAGAUGAAGAAGAACAUGACGCUCGACUCCAUCGGUGACAAGAUCGGUCGCGUGCACCUGGGCAAGCAGGAUCUCACCGGCCUGCAGACCCGUAAGAUGAAGGGUCUGAAGCGUCGUGCCGGCGUCGAGUCGGACGACGACGAGGACGACGACGACGAGGAGAUGAUGGAGGUGGACGAGGUGUCGGAGGAUGAGGGCCACAAGAGGGUCAAGAGGGCGUGAGAAGCCAUCGGUUGCAUGUUGAUUUUUUCCUUCCUCUUACUUGGACGACUACUACUUUCUGUCUAUGUAUCGCGCACGAGGCGUUCCCGGGGGUUUGGCUUUUUCUCUGACCAUGGUCCAGCAACUAGCUCGUACAUGUACCUAUUGUUCUCGAGAAGCAAAAGUUCACAUCAU